GGUUUCUAGACAACAGUUAAAAAAUUUUGUCGGUUGUGCUUUUUGAAAGCAGAUUUGCAGAAGCACACAGCAAAAGCAUCACAGAAACAGAAUCCAUGAGCGAGAGGAGCUGUGGAGAGAAGCAGCAGAAAGCAAAAAGCAACAUGUUCAGUGUCAGUUGUGGAGCAGCAGUUGCUCGAAGUGGUUAUCGUUUGUGCUUUUUCCCUUAGUGCUUUUUGGCACGAGGGACCAAUGCCAAAGUGGGUUCUCUAAAAAUAGAAAGCAUUUCCAAAAACGAUCAUAUAUUAAACGCGGCCAUGAAUAGUGCAGCACCGCCGGGUGUGUUGGGACUACCCUAUCGAUUUUCGGAUGAGCGUACGGUCAAGUUCGUAGAGCUUUACGGAAGGGAACCUUGUCUCUGGAACAAGCGACCCUAUUUGCGACGAGCUCGAAACGCCGCCUAUCGGCGAAUUCAGUCCGGGAUCAAUGCUGAUAUUGAACCAUACGAAUCAGGUCUUACCAUCCAGGGCGUCAAGAUGAAGAUCAAGAAUCUCCGUACUGGGUACCACCAGGAGCUGAAGAAGAUCCGAACUAUUCCGGGAUAUCAGCCUAAGACGCCCUGGUUUGCCCCACUUCACGGAUUUUUGGCAGAGUUCUUGGACAAGAAUGAGUUGGAAACAUCAAUUCCUCAACUAAAGCGUCUACAGAUUCGACUUACUAGACUGAAGCCGAUUAAGAUUCAGACGGAGAUUAAGCCAGAUCCCGAUGACUUGUCUGCCCCCGAGAGGCCGUUGGAUCCUACACCCUCUUCCUUAUUUACCGUUCUGCCAGCACCUAUGCCCAUGGAGGAGCCUCCAACUCCACCGCCCUCCCUGUCCAAGAUCGGAGACAUCAUCUCACCAGCACAUCCAGCUCCAGCGCCUGUUCCGAUGGCAGGGAACUGUCCUUUGUCGACAGCCUGCUCCAUUUCUGAAAAAAGUGAUGUCUUGGGAUUGGGCCUGGGAUCAUCGGCAGCGGGACGGACGAAUGGAAUUGGCCUCGGAGUUGAAAUGCGAGGCGAGGACGAAUUCACCUACUUCGGGUUGAGCGUUGCCGCGCAAAUCCGUAAUAUGCCAUUGGCCAGUGCCAUGCUAAUGCAGUCGAAAAUCCAGUAUAUGCUCUCUAUGGAACGUCGUAAGAUUAACGGCCAUCCUGGCGAUAUGGACAUAUUAUUUACCUAAAAACUAAGAUUCUUUUGUACAUUAUGGAGAUUACAUUCCGUUAAAUCAAUCUGUGAAUAUGAUUAUACGUUAUUUGCUUGUAUAAUUUGGCAGAACAUUAACCGUGCUUAUGUGAUGUGUUCUUGUUAGAAAACACUCUUGAAGUAUCAUAUUGGAUUAAACUCAACGACAAAGCAACCUCGUGUUAAAUAUAAGUUACAAUAAGUUUAUGAUAAGUGCGAAAAUAAGAAGAAAAAUAUAUUUUUGUUCAUACCAAAUCGAAGACUUCGAAUUUAAAUUUAUGUAAAUUAAACCUUUGGUGUACUUAUUAUGUGCAUACGGACAGCAAAAAUAAAACAACAAAAUAUUUAAAAAA